AUGCGUUUCCAAUUAACCGCCCAACUCCCACUGCUGGCAGCACUGAGUGCACCUUUCGUCUCCGCCUUCAAAGACACCUCCCCCUUCUUCUUAAUCUCCGCUUCCAAACAUUUCUCUCAAGCCGACAACACCAAACCUCUCCUCGAGACCUCCGCUUUUGUUCAGACAGCAAAGGGCAUAAUCUCUUACUGUGAUGCCGACGCUUAUAUCCUCGUGACGCAGCCCGGCCUGCACGCAAGCGACUUCGCGCAUGCCUCCUCGGCACCGCGCUUGUCAACCGUUUUCAAAGAGGUUGGGGUGGAACGGGCCCAGGCUGUGAGUAAGGUGUACGAGUAUGACGUAAAGUUCGAGGACAUUGCGGACAUACUGCAGGAUUUCGCGAUCGCCACAUGUGAUGCAGAGGUAGAGGAGGUGGACGCAAAGACCGGCAACUUUGGCGGGUUCGACGAUAUGAAGCCCAAGCUCAUCAGAGUUGACUUUGAGACUCUUCCCGAGAACGGCCCUGCGAGACACAAGGCGAUCAUGGAGAACGAUUCAUUCCUGUACUCGAUCAUUUCGCUCCUUCCAACGUACAAAUACAACCUCAUCUACACCUCUACGCCUAUCUCCAUGACCCCCGCUGCCAUGAAGGAGUCCAAGGGAGAUGCCCACGAACUCCGCCGCCGCGAGAACUUCCAGGUCCGCGAUGAUGACGAAAAGACCAACACUACUCUCCCCGAGGGCAGUUUGUUCAAGAGAUACCAGUUUUUCACUCCAGCUAUCUUUGCCGGAUACCUUGCCCUGUUCUUCCUGUUGAGCGUCCUUUACGUUGCAUUCACCGCGCUGAGCAGCCUCCAAGUCUCUUACGGCGCGUUCGAGAAGGAGAUGGGGCCCUCCGCUGCGAAGAAGCAGCAGCAGCAAUAG